CAAGUUGUGUUUUGAGCAGUGACCAGAGCUCGAGUCUGUUUCUCCCUCCGUGUGUCGCCAGUUUGCCCGUCGUGCGUCUCUGCUGCAGGAACAACCAUGGCGGUGGUCGGAGCAAUGAUAGCCAGCGUGUUGAUAGUGGCGGCCGUGAUCUAUUCACCCGUGGGCGCCGACACGAUGGACCAUUCGACAAUGAACCACAGUAUGAUGAACCAUACUGACCACUCCACAAUGAACCAUUCUGACCACUCCUCGAUGAACCAUUCUGACCACUCCUCGAUGAACCAUUCUAACCAUGACAUGCCAGAGCAUAACCACGGGACCAAUAUGACGGACCAUUCCGGUCACGAUAUGUCUGGCCAUGACCAUUCUGGACAUGACCAUUCUGGACAUGACCAUUCGGGCCAUGAUAUGUCUGGGUCGGGCCAUGAUAUGUCUGGGUCUGGGUCGGGCCAAGAUAUGUCUGGGUCGGGCCAUGAUAUGUCUGGUAUGGGCCAUUCUGGACAUGGGAUGAAUAUGCCUGGCAUGAUAAUGUACUUCCACACAGGAUACAAGGAAUUUGUUCUCUUUGAGGAGUGCAUGACAGAAUCCAAAGGAGCGAUGGCGGGCGCGUGCGUGAUCAUCUUCGUGGUGGCCGUGCUGUACGAGGGGCUCAAGUUCCUGCGGGAGCUGCUGCUGCAGCGCUCACUCCAGGCCACGGCCUUGACCUCCUCCAGUACUGAGAAGAUGGUCAUGCAGACACGGAGCGUUUCAGUCACGAGCCGAAUGUUUUCCUCGGGUCAUGUGCUGCAGACGAUCCUCCACGUGGUCCAAGUGUUCAUAUCCUACUGCCUCAUGCUGGUCUUUAUGACGUACAACGUGUGGCUGUGUCUGGCCGUCGUGCUGGGGGCAGGCAUCGGCUACUUUGUGUUCGGCUGGAAGAGAGCUGUGGUGGUCGACUCGAACGAGCAUUGUCACUAGUGGCGUGGGAAGGAUUGUGUCACUAGUGAUAUGUCAAGUGUGUGGUGUCAUUAAUGACACGUAGGGUGUGUUGCUGGUGACAUGUAGACAUGUAUAGAGUUGUUUUGCUAUGAAUGAUAUCUUGAGACUGUUGUGUCACUCGUGAUGUGUCGAGUGUGUGGUGUCAUUAGAGACACGUUGAGUGUGUUGUGUCGCUUGUGACACAUUGAGAGUGUUGUGUUGUGUUGCUAGUGACAUGUAAAGAGUGUUGUUUUGCUAUGAUAUGUCGCGAGUGUUGAGUCACAAGUGACAUCUAAAGAGUGCUGUGUCACUAGUGACACGUGGAGAGUGUACUUUCGCUUGUGAGAAGUAGAGAGUGUCUCGUCGUUUUGGGACAUUAGGAGGGAUGUCUUGCUAGUAACAUAGGGAGUGUUGUCUUCCUCGUGAGAUGAGAGUGCCGUGUGUCAGUUAGUGAUGUCUGAACUUUGUGUUGGUAGUCACAACAAAAUAUUUUGUCACGAGUGACGCCUGAACACCCUCACUUAUGGUGUCUGUACAUCAUUGCCACUAGUGACGCCUAACCAUUGUCACAAGGCAUGCAUCGACACUGUCAGUGGGUUGUCCAGGUGUCAUUUCACAAGUGACCAGUUACAAUGUCUGUCAUUUUUCCCCUCACCCCCCUCUUAUCCAGUUCAAUGUGGGACCACCAAGAAACCUUUUACCUUUCCAACAGAACUAUAAGGUUUUCUGCUGUACAAUCUACCCAAACUGACUGAGAAAAGUCAUACAUAUUUCAUGUUUUAUCUCGGGGUUGCAUUUUUUGGCAUUUUGUUUGUUUAAAAAAAUUGUUUGUUUUUUUGUUUCAUUGAUGAGUUUCAGGAUCUUGUUGUCUUUUUCUGUGGGUGGUUGAGGAGGACAUAAAUAUUUAUGUGGAACAUUCUGUAAUGAUUUUAAAAGCUUCUUUGAAGUUAUUUUAAUGAUAAAGUAAAGUUGUGUCCUUGCAAAAGCGCUACUUGGAUCAGUGUGAAAAUUUACUGAUCUGAUGUCUGCGGUUUACAGUUUACAAUGAGGUAACGGCAGUGACUUUAUGGCAUUAAAUUUGCGUUUCGCUGUGCAUUCCUUUCAGAGCAGCAGUGAGUCAUCUAAUAACAAAAACUUCAUUUACAUUGUUUCUGAUAUUAUUUUAAAUCAAAGCAGUCCAAUAGAUGUUUAUACUGGUCAUGUUGAAACUGUUGAAAAGUGUGGUGGAAAAAUAUUCACCCUACUUACGGAAGAUCAACAAAUAAAUAUGAGAACCUCAUGUCUUCCUUGUUUAAAAUCUAAUCCUGAUAGUUUUACCUGAACAUAUAUAUUUAUAUAUAAUAUAAUGAUAAUACUAAUCAUUUUUGGAACUUUUUUCCAAAGCUUGUGUCGAUGUGUGAAGUGAGUUUUAGAAAAGUGCUAGGCUGCAACCUUCCCCUUCACGAUUUUUCUCUAUUGUGGUUUAACAGCAUCAGGUUUAGCUGUUUUUGCAUGCUUGUUCACGUACUUGUUGAAAAAGCCAAAUAGAAUUAUAGAGAAAUGUAGGAUUGCUUGUUCAUAAUAUGUUGUUGGUUUUGUUUUUCUAUUAAAAAAACAACCAACUCAGUUUGUGAUAAGGAAUGUUGGCCAUAGAUAUGAGAAAAAGGAAUUAAGUGCUUAAGUGCGGUUUGUGUUAUUGUUGACUAAAUGUCUGCAGGACUGAGGAGUGAGUGAACUUCUUAUGUCUGGCAAGCCGCUCCCAGUGGCUCGUGUUCGGAACUGCUGUGCCGGUGAGCAACCGGCAACGGCUCGGGCACAUUCAUUUAUGACUACAACGUCAAAUUACUUUCCGGCAGUUGCCGAAAGCAGGUCUCUUUUGCUGGGAGUUCAUCAUGACCAAUUAUAUAGUGAUGCAUAUAUGUCAAUUUUAUAUUUCGUACCAAAAGAGGGCCCCUUAAAGAUGAAGAUUUAACCCACCCCUAAAACUGUGCUCCAUAAUGCUGACCUAUCUGAAGUGGCUUUUAGUAUUGGGGGUCCAUCUCUGAGAUAUCCUUACUUUUAAUGUGGAUAGAGCUUGUAUCACUGAGGUUUUACUAGGCGUAGAUAGAAAGAAAUGUUAGCCUUGUUUGUCUUCUUUCUUGAUUUUAUGUUGGAUAACAUUUGUUCAAUGUUUCUGUGUUGGUUGUAUAUGUUUGAUAAUUUUGUGUAUCUUUUUUGGUAGUAUUUUUUUUACAAAUAUCUGACUUUUAUUUUUUACCCUUUUAGCUAGCACAGGCAGGUUUUGUCCCUUACCCACCUCUGAAAUAGAGAGCUCUGUGCUCAUGUCUGAAGUAAUGUUUGUGGAGAGGCAAAACUAUGUAUUUCUAUGAUAACCAUUUUGGGUCGGGCGUAGUUGUGUUUUUUUCUUAAAGAAGUGAUAUUAUUUCAUGAAAUUAAUAAAUUAUUGUGGCCUUUCUCGAUGAUAGGCCAGCAGUUUUGUCAAGAGUGUGUUAAUUCCCAGAGGUCUUUCAGAUGCAUGUGUGAGUUUUGUAACUCUUUAAUUAUUUUAGUCUUUAUGGUAGCUGAAAUUUAAAGCGCAGACGUUUAAGUUGAGGGUUUGUCUGCUUCUCACUCAUCUUUCUCAAACAUAUUUUAGUAGACUUGUGUCUCUCUCUAAAAGUUACUAUCAUGCAGUCACCCUCCUAUGAGGAUUAGGAGUAGUUUCUCUCAUGCCAGGAGUCAAAGAUAAGAUGAGAUGAGAAGAGAUGAUAAAGAUAAAAUAAGAUAUUCUUUAUUGUUCAGACCUGGCUCAUUGGUUUGGUGUUUCACCACGUGCGCGCACACAUGCACACCCGCGUACCCAUACACACACACUCUCUCAUACAUCCUCACCUCAACACACAUCUGUGCACAUACACAUAAAUGAUAUAAUAGUGUGCUUGCGCUCACAAACAGGCUCACAGUCACACUCAGUUCAUUUAAAAAGAAGUAUUACGCAUCAUCUGUGAAGGGGAUGGCUGGUUUUGUGUAUUAUAAUGAUUAAAUUAUUCUAUUAAUAUUUCCUCUUUUGAUGGAUUUCUAGCUGUUGAAUUAGCGUGAAUAUAGUUGAAAACUUCCUUGUCUACUGUUUCUUUUUCAUAUAUGAGAAUUGUUGUUUUUGAAAAAGAAAAAGGCCCCCAUCUUUUUGUAUCUUUGUACACGGGUAGGUUUAAGGUUUUUAAGAAUAUUUUAUAUUUAAAGAUUUUUUUUUUGGGGGGGGGGGGCGUAUUGAACAUAUCAACUGGGAACAGGGUUUCAUACAUGGUGUAACAAAUAUUAAUGGGUUUUUUUUUCUGUAAAAUUAUCUUUGCAGCAUUCAAAGUAAUCAGCUUUGUCUUACAAUGCAGGAGAAAGUGUUACUCAAGCCUUUUCAGUGCUGCCCCUUGUGGUGAAAACUGGGGAAAAAAUCAGCUUGAAGGUGUCAGUUUUUUAUGUGCAAAGGGACAUGGUUACUAUCCUUUAAUGGCCCUUUAUGAUUGCAGACUCUUGCAGCAUUUUUUGAGACGUUUGUUGGAAAUGUUGGAGUUUUAUAUUGCUGGCCAGCUGUCCAGAUGUACUGAGCCCAAUAUUUCAAAUUAACUGCUGUUUUUUAAUCUAUAGUAAAAGUCGCAUGUACUCAAGAAAUAUUUUGUUGAAAUUCAAAUUGUAAAUGCUGACAAAAGCAAAAAAAAAGACAACUUCAACGUAAUGUAGGUGCGAUUAAAAAAGUGUUUUUUUUCUUUCGUGAAAAGUUUAGCUUUUUGGGCUUAGAACAUUUGCACUGCUUGUUGACAAUAUGGAGAUUAUAAAUGAGUUUUGAGUUCAUUGAUUGUUUUUCAUGUUAUUGUUAGCUGCCUCUAUACUCUAUGCAUUAAACAAUUGAGAGGUUGUUUGAAUAUUAAACCUAAAACUUUCUCCUGCACACCUUGGAAAGACGAAUCAUGGAAUAAGAAAUUAAAAGAAAUAUUUUUAUCCUCUUUUUAAAGAAACGUGUGUGAACUUGGAAAAUGGCUGUGAAUGUUGAGAAUUUUAUUGAUGUCAGCCUUUCAUAAAAUUAUGGAUAAAGCAGUUGAGGAAGAACAAAAGAUGAAACAAAAUAAAAAGCACAGAAAAAACUAAAUCAAAAGAAGUUGAUGUCACGUUAUUACAAGUGCACAUCGUGUAUGUUUAUGUUUAUUUAUUGCAUAUGGCAGGUUAUACUUCUAGCUGCAUGGCUGUCUGUCUCAAAAAAACCCUUUCAAAAUGUUGUUGAGCAGUGUGCAAAACCUGAAACGGGAUUAAUUGUUUUUGACAAGGAGGAUGAGCUCCCUUUUUAUACUGGUGGUCUGUUUGUUGGCUGCCUCCUCUGGUUGGGAGUAAUUGUUGUCAGCAAAAGAAUGAGUGGAAGCAAACUGUCGCAUUCGAGCGUGAGGGAAACUCUUUGGCCUUUGUUUGUUGUAGUUGUUUUUGAAUUUGAGCAUUUUGACACCAGUUUAUUGUGCUUUUUUGACUUUUGAGUUUUUGUUGAACCUGAACUCGUCGUGACAAAAAUAAAGUUAUAGGAUCUGUGUUACGGUCAAGUCGGUUCCAAAGUAAAAAGAUGGGCAAGGGGAUGCUAAUUCUUUUUUACCUGUCCUGAUGUAGACAGGACUGAAGGUGAGAGUGUGCGUCACGUUUCUUUGCCCAUAUCUUAUGAAUUGUUCUAUAUUAUCCAUAAUCAAAAAUACAUAGAGGUCACACAAUACUUUUGUUAAUAUUUUGCAUUGAAUCCUUAUCGUUUGUUUAAACUUCAAGUGGAAUUUGAAGUAUAUUGUAUUUUGAAACUUUUUUGGGGUGUAAUUUAGAAAAGCAUCAGGUUCUUUCAGCUUGUUCCUAGCCUUUUCAGAACGAUCUGGAAGGAUGGGUGGUUGGAAGAGGGCGCUCUGUUGUGGUUUGCCCAUUCUUUCUUAUCAAACAUCCAGUGUCCUCAUCUCUCCUAUUUUGAAUUGCAGUUUACUUUCUAUUAAAGCUUCCUAACAGUUGGCACUUAUGUGACCUAAUUUUGUUGCAAGUACUGUAAAACUCUAAACUAAUGAACUAAUUAUAAAUAGAAUGACUUUAGGGAAGUCUGCGACUUUUUUCCUGUUUCCAUUGUGGCCUCCAUGCGGUCGACUUGUAUGGAAUGUCUUGAUUUUUCUGCACUGAUGAAUUGCCCUUCACAGCAUGGGUGGUCUUGACAGACAGGACUGAAUCAUCUCAACUCCUGAGUGAGUAGAAUUGCUUUGACGGGGGUGUCACACAGUUUUAAUUGAUCACAAAAUGUUUUUUCUUGGGUUUGAGCCCUGUGGAAAUAGAAACAUCACGCUUAUUGGUGAAGUUUUUACAAUUUAAAAGUACAAAGUGAUUAAAGGCAUUUCAUACUUAAAGAAUAUGGCAUCAAUAGAAAAUCAACAAAUUUUACCCGGGUAUGGAUUUUUGGCCAAUAUCUCCAUUUGUGGAUUGCGAGAAGUAACUCAUUUUGUCAGCAGGCCUCACAUUUUAAGUUGGUGAUACUUUUUCAGAAAGUUGAAAAUCUUUUCCUACUGUUUUACGAUUCUAAAUCCUGUGAGUGUUGGAAGUCGCUGAACAGCAUUUCAGUGUUAAAAACUUUCAUUGCUAAAGUUUAUUUCAAGUUCAAGUGUAAGACUCCGCUGUCGCCAUUUUUUGAAAUGGCGUAUGAUGGAGGCUUAACACUGAGCAGUAGGUUUGCAAUAUCUAAAUUUUUGUACGACCUUAACUAGGAGGAAAUGUAUGGUCAGUACAUUUACCUGUGCAGAAUUGGAGAAGUACGAAAACCCAGAAUUCUCAGAAUGUUUAUGCUUUUGUGCAUUGGUCGUGGUGUCUGUGAUGUAAAUGUUUUUAAAAAGGUGAAUGUUCAGUCACAAUCGUGAAUAAUUGCCACCUUGAGAGUGGUCUUCUUAAGUGCACUUGAGGUCAGUUAUGACUUUUUAUAUAUCAUGGAAUAAACUCUGUCUCGUCUCUUGGCCUAACACAGGUCGAGCCUGAAAGUGGCUGUUUUGAAGGAUUUUCUCCAAAUCGGAACAAACAUUUUAUAAUUCUUUAUUUAAAAAAAAUUUAAUUCUUAGUUUUUAAUUUUGUGAAAGCUGAAAGUCCUUAUUUUCUUGAAACUGCUAAAUGUGGAGUUAAUCUGCUCUUAUUCCUUUGGAUACAGUUUCAGACAGACAUUCUCUCUUUGUUUUUGCUUUUAUGUGCUGUUAUUAUUGUAGGAUUUCUUUGUAGCAUAGCUUAAUAACAUUACCAUAAUAAGCAAUGGUAACAUUCCUCUCCCGCCCAGCAAACCUGCUUCAUACUAAUACAACAUUAUCCUGUAUUCACGUAAUAAUUCCAUUAUGACAUAUACGCAGAACAUGGAAGAAUUACAAUUGAUAUAGUGGAAAAAAGCCUGUUUGUACACUCCAGGAGUAUGGUUGAACUAGAUACCAUUUUGAUGCCAUGUGAUAUGAUUGCACUGAUGCAUUGGGUAGAUUAAAGAUGUAAAUUUAUGACAUUAUGCAUAAUCAAAAUCCAUGAGGUUUGUUUUCAUAAAGUUGCAUGUGUUGGACAGAAGUGCAGAGAUAAUAAAUGAUAACUGUACUUUAAUAUAAUAUAAAUAUUAUAUAUAUAUAUAUGUGCACAUGCCCUAUAUUAUCCUAUAAGAGAAGUGUUCUUGAGGCAGGUACAGUUGAAUAAAUCAUAUUUUAAUUCU